ACGGUUCUCUCCCUCUCCUUCUUGUGCAUCCAUUGUCGCCCCCGUUUUCUUUUCCCCAAACCUCGCCGUCUCCGGAAUCCGUUACCGCCGGUGUAUUUAUUCCGGUAACGAGAGUCUCUGGGCUAUGUUGCAGGUGCUCUUAUAAUCUUUUUGAAGUUGUGAAGAUGAAUAUAUUUAGCUCAGCUACAUCGAUAUGCAGAAGGGUUGGUUUGAGGGAAAUAAUCACCGAGGUCCCUGCAUACACUAGCAGCAUUUCUGAUGGUUCUUUCAGUGGGUUGAGCUUGGUCUUGAAGCGUUGGGCUAUGAAGAAGACUGCUGGAUCCACAAAGAACGGGCGAGACUCUAAACCCAAGAAUCUCGGUGUCAAGAAAUUCGGAGGAGAGAAUGUGAUAGCAGGAAACAUCAUAGUCCGGCAAAGGGGAACGCGGUUUCAUCCAGGGGACUACAUCGGAAUGGGCAAGGACCAUACCCUCUUUGCGUUGAAGGAAGGCCGUGUCAGGUUUGAGACACAUAAGCUGAGUGGACGCAAGUGGGUUCACGUUGAUCCCAAGGACGGACAUGUUCUUCACCCUGUCUUCGCCAAGGCAGCCGAUUCGACAAAGAUGGAGACUGCUUCUUCACUGUGAGUGACAAGUUUGAUGAGACCGUAUCUCUUGUUUGUUCUAUUACUUUCGGAUUGCCUUUUAAUGCCCCGUUUGAUUGAUGAAUCCGAAUUAAUUCAAUGCGUUAUGGUUUAAGAUGA